UGGGUUAACACACUGAUCCAUCGACCUGGUGAGAUGCAGUACAAGGAUUGCUGGAACCGUCAACAUCUGGUAAUCACGCACAAAAAAUCUCUUUAGUGAACAUUUUGAGAUGUGCUGUUUAUGGUUUUGAAACAGAAGAAACCCGUUAUUUGUAAAAAGGUAUUUCGAUGAUAUAACUUCAGGACAAGUUCGGUUCACGGGGUUUAAAUGUAUCUUACGAAAGGAGAUACUCUAAAUCGACCACAUUAUUGAUAAUGAAAUGAGGCGAACAGGCAGGAGAUACAAACAUACAUACACGGCGGCGUUCAGCAGGGGUAUUUACAGCACAACACACCCUUACCAGCUAUAUCAAAUACGUCGCAGUAAUACUAGUGGAAGCGGUAACAGCGAGUUGAUAUCCUGAUACGUAAGGAACGGGAUGAAGCUCUGGUGUUGUUCACACUGCCGUGCACAUAGUGGGUGUGUGCUAUACGGUAGAGCGUAAACGUAUGUUGAUUGAGCUACAUUGUACGAAACAAGGAGGUGUGCAUGAUGCUGGUCACAAUCGUAUGGGGCAGUUACCGGCCCGGAUCAAUAUCUGCCCAACCCGUACACAGAGGGAGGGUAUAGUUCUAUGACGUCACUGACUGGUUGUGUUGGAUGGCGUUGUUCUCUGCUGAUCAAUGUGAAUCGGUGUUUACAACUAUUAGCUGUUUACAUUCGCGUAGCACAAAGGACGAGCAAACUUCACGCUUCACUCUCAAGGAUCCUAAGCCGUAACGUCGAUGAUGUGAGAUUUCCCGCCGAUGAUCAAUGGAUGACACAGCGCAUGUGCCUUUGAUAGCAGACGAUAUGAAGUUACAGCAGGCCACGUGUUGCCACAGAAAAGUCACGAGGUUAAAACUGAUUGGAAUUUGUUUCAUAUGCACAUUAACAAUUCUCUUCAUAACAAAAGCCUGUAUCACUCGACGGUGGCCUGACAGAACAUGUAAGUUUCCGUCAACUAAUUACCUAGUUAAUGAUAACCGGAAACGAAGACUACCUCAAAGCAUUAUUAUUGGAGUGAAAAAGGCGGGAACGGGUGCAUUGCGGCAUUUCUUAGAUCUACACCCGGAUGUUAUAACAGCAAGCAAAGAACCAAACUUCUUCAGCUUCCGGUAUGAAAAUGGAUUCGAUUGGUAUAACAAAUUGAUGCCCCUUUCCAGAGAAGGACAGAUUACUGUCGAAAAAUCGAGUAAUAAUUUUCACCAUGAGCAAGCUCCUGGACGAACGUUUGAAUUCAACAGUACAAUUAAAUUGAUCGUUGUUGUUCGAGAGCCUGUGGAGAGAGCGAUUUCAGAUUAUACUCAACGUGUUAUAAAUAACCGGAGUCGUAGAAAGUUCGAGGAUUCUGUGUUUAACUUCCGGACAGGGGAGAUAAAUCGAGAAUAUAUAUGUAUCAGACCUUCUCUGUAUCAUACAAAUUUACAACGGUGGCUUAAGUACUUCCCAAUGAGUCAGAUACAUAUUGUAGACGGUGAAAACCUCAAGAGUAAUCCAUAUGAGGAAGUAUACAAAGUGGAGGAAUUCCUCGGAUUGUCUCAUCAAGUGAAACGGGAACAGUUCGUUUUUAACGCCACUAAGGGUUUCUUUUGUUUCCGAACCAGCUCGAUGGUGGAGUGUCUCAGGGACAAUAAAGGGAGACAACACAUUCUUAUUGACCCGGAAUUAAAAGACAGACUAAAACGGUAUUUCCGGCCAUUAAAUGAGCUGUUCUUCAGGCAGAUAGGACAGCGUUUUGAUUGGUCUUAAAAUAGGACUGUAUAUAGAUAACAGUUUAUAUUAUAUAUGAACUAUAAACAAUUGCAUAUUUCGCACUUGCGCAUUAAUUACAUGAGAUACAAAUGUGAUACAAAUCAUUACAUUCACACCAAAUUAUGUGUUACUUACUUUGUAUACGCAUUUAUCGUUUAAGGAAGAAAUUGUUCAUUUAUUAAAUAUUAGUCCUUUUAGCCAUGGAAAGAAAUUCGAUGGCACAAGGAAACAAUGCCAAUGAGUUUUAAGCAUUCUCUAUCUUGAUUUAAACAUAUUUUAUUGUCGAAACAGACAAAUGGAUGAGAGACAAGUUUAACAACUUACAGGCUCUUAUCCACGAAUACAUCAUAUGCAUUACAUUUACAUCACGUGACGUACUAUGCACACAGAGAUAAAUUUACGAAAAUUAUAAUGUGGUAGAUGUAUUUUGUAUUAUCUAUCUUGAUACUGCUCUAAUCGAGUUCCUUGUACUACAACACAACAUUUCAGAAGGGUUUUUGUUUAUGUUGACGCCAUAUUGUAUACACAAAAACUGUUUUGACAGGUAUAGACCGAUAAUACAUUUGAAAAUGUCUACAGAUAUGUAUCUAUAUUUGUCUGAAAUUCCUUUCCAUAAUAUUGCAAUGAUGCCAGUCAUUGCCGUGUAAUGUGGACAGUUCCAUUAACUGAACAUGUACAUCUGACGUCACAAAAAAUGCGUGAUUAGUGCGCGGACAUCUAAAGACGUAUUAGUCCGAACAAUAUAUCCAUGCUACAAUAUAGCUAUGACGUUAGAUCAAGAAGUUCGCAAAUGUACGAACUACUAGCUUGUUGUUUUAACUCCUCCCCAGGUAUGUUUUAUUAAUAAUUUACAACAUGUACGUAAGGUAAGUAUCAACAUGGUAUACAUGUUUAUAAGCUACAUACGCUGUUUGCGUUAAAAAGGUGGGCGUAUCUAUACAUACAAGAAUAUAUAACAUGUACAGACACAGUAGUAACAUGUAUAUGACACGCAUUGUAAAGUUAUUAACAGACAUACGAGUAAGUAAGUACUGAUCUUACACAUUGUACCACUAUGGCCAUUAAAUUCUUUAUAUAUUUAUGGUAACAUACGCAUCGUAAUGCAGACAACUUAACAAAACAUGUUCUACUGUAGUUCUGAAAUAAUAUGAACAUGCAAUGCUAAUGCUUGUAGGUUAAACUUAAUAAAUAAUAUUUUAUUCCGAAAAUGAUAUGGAGAAACAUAUUUAAUUUCGUAUUUUCUUUCCUUAUGUUGGUAACAAAAACCUUCAACCUUCAAUUUCUUGCCUCGCUUCUUUGACAAUUCGUUGUUCCAGCCGUUGCAGAGUACACAAAUGUGUCCGAACUGACGUUUUUACGAAGUCGAAUAUUCUAAAGCUACUACUAAACUCAACUCACAUACAGUGCAUGUUUGUUUGGUUUUUCUAGUCGCUAAAAGUAAUGGUGCUACUCAACUCGGCCGCAGAACCCUCACAAAUAGAAUACCUAGCAUGCUGGCUGUCCAUUCCACGCUUCCCGGUACUCAAUAGAAGUGCUACUACAUCUCGCUGGGUCGUCGAAGGGAGGCUUAAUAUACUCCAACUUAGAUUGAAUGAUAAUUCACUUAAAUAACUUCAUAACGAAACUCGCGUAAGAUGUUUUUUUCGUCUAAUGUUCCUUAUUUUCAAAAGUAUUUUUCAACUGUUUUUUUCCGUCGAGAAUGAGAAAUCAUCAUAAUGCCGUUUAGCGAGAAAGGUGCAAUUCUAUGGUAAACUUAUAAUAUUGGAACAGCUAGAUAGCACGUUUAUGUUUUCCCUUCCCACCCUUGACAUUUGGCAAACUACGAACCUAUGUUUGUAGCUAAUACUAUUUCUUUGUGAAGUGCAAGUGUUAAUGACAGGUUGCGUUAAUAAGAGGUAUAAGUACACCACAGAAUACAAUGAAAGCUUCAUAAUUACAUGACUACCAUUCUCUGAAUUGGCAGUCUGUGUUUCUAUCAAUAAAGCCGGGCAGUUUCACUAUUGAGAUGUUUUGCCUGUAGAGGCACUCACGUCAGUCGGCAACAUCAAAGUAUUUGUUAGUGGUGUUCAAUUAUCUUCCGCGGUUUUAUGCCAUUACAUAAACCCAAUUAUUAAACACUUGUUUUAAGUGCACUAUUGUUUCAGAACAUUGUCCUGGGAUACGAAAGCGGUCUCGCUUUAGUACAGACAGCUAUCGUAACCGUGAAAAACACUUGAGACCAAAGUGUACUCAACAGAAAUAUUAUGUAGUAGAUAACUUUUUAUUAUAAAUUUGUGAUAAUUUGUCGUAUCUAAUCACCUCAGAUUGGUGUCUUAAGUUUGUGUUUUUAAAUCGUACACACCUACAUAUUUAGCUAUAUGUUUAACUAUAUGUUGUUUUGUUAAAAUGUACUAUAAUAGUACGGAUAUCAUUUUUUUUAGACAUAAUAGAUUAU